AUGUUUUGCAGCAAAGUAGCUGUUGCAUUCAUUUGGGCUGGACGAGUGUGGUGCAGUGGCAAACCAGCUAUCUACGCUUCAGUCUGUGGGAGUACGCCCCACAAACUAGUGACAACCAGCAACGACGUGUCGUUAUGCCCUCUUUCUCAUGACGAAACCCAUUUGGAUCUUCCCAUCUUGCCGCACAACAACUCGUCUCCUCGCCAAUCUGCCUGCACCUGGUCAGACGAUCGUGAAAAGGAAUACUGCCUUUUUGCAGACACGCACUUCAAUCAUGGGAAAGGCAUAUCCAUGAUAACCACACCUGAGCGCGCUCGACAAGUUUUUGCUUCCAUUAAGUCUCUACCCAACUAUCAUAGCGUGGUGUCCGGGCCGUUGUUCGAAACAAGAGCCAGCGGGAGAAAGGGACGUGGCAUAUUUGCGACUAAGCAUAUACCUGCGGGCAGUCUCAUUAUCCAAGAGCCACCGAUUCUUUUCUUAGACCGUAACUGGAUGAAGGCCGUCUCUUCCGAAGACACUCGUACGGCUAUCCAAACAUUAGCUGUCGAGGAGUUGCCAGGGACCACACGUCAGAUCUUCUACGAACUCUACGCUGGACCGUUUGAGGAGAACUUGAUGCAAAGAAUGUGGACAAAUGGCUAUGGUGUUGCUGGUGGGCCUACGUUGAGCUGGCCAGGCUUGGAUGAUGAAUCAGACCUUGGGAUGAUAGCAAUACAUGCUAACAUAUCUAAAAUCAACCACAGCUGUCGACCAAACGCAGCGUCUCAAUGGGACUGGGAUGUGCUUGCGCAUAGGUUAUAUGCGGCUCGUGAUAUUGCUGCCGACGAAGAAAUCACUAUAUCUUAUAUCAAUCCUGUUCAGAGUUACAAGGAUCGGCAAGAGUACGCGGAAAAUGUUCUCGGCUUCAAGUGCGAGUGUAGCCAAUGCCAGGCUAUGAGCAAAUUUCGUGACUUGUCCAACGAUCGCAUUAACGAAAUUCUAUUAUUAGAGAGUUACUUAGAGAGUCGAAGCAUAGCGCCAGCUGAGCCAACAGCUAUGGCCGAAUUGCUAGUAAGUCUCUAUAAGCAGGAGGGUUUAGAUACAUUUAUCUGCAAAGCGUACGCAAUUGCAGCGCGCGAGUGGAACGGCGCUGGAUACGAAUAUCAAGCCCGUGAGAGGGCAUAUGAAAGCGUGAAGGCUGGCCUGAUUGCUGGCUCGGGGACAGGCCUGGAUGAUUAUGUUAAUGAGAUGGAAGACUUAUUGGAUGGGGCAAGAAAGCAUUGGUCUUGGAGAUAUCGCUUGCACUCUUAG